UCAGAUGUACAACCCUCUGCUUGAUCGUUGUUCUCGGCCUGUUCAUUUCACAAGAAAGAUGUCGCCGUCUCUGUUUAAUUUCAGUGAUGCCAAAGAUAGAUUUACGAGCGCAACCAGAAUUGCACUGGACAGCAAAACUAGCAAGACCUUAAUACAUGCAUUUAAUCAGACCCCUGGAACUGAGACAGAAAAGAAAACAACACUUGAUCAAGCUUUCAGAAGCGUUCUUGAGGAGGAAAUCAUUCAACGAAAAGCUAGUUGUGAAGAUUUUCUGGGUCUUAUUUAUCUUAGCAUUGAUGGAGUGACUGAAGGCAUUUGCUCAGCAACAACACCUUUUCUACUUCUUGGAGACGUGCUGGACUGCCUUCCCCUGGAUCAGUGCGAUAAAAUAUUUAGCUUUGUUGAGGAAAAUGUUUCAACCUGGAAAUCUAACUCUUUCUAUUCUGCUGGGAAAAACUACCUGCUACGAAUGUGUAAUGAUCUUCUAAGAAGACUGUCUAAGUCCCAGAAUACAGUUUUCUGUGGAAGAAUCCAGUUAUUUUUGGCAAGACUGUUCCCACUUUCAGAGAAGUCAGGCCUGAACCUGCAGAGCCAGUUUAACCUAGAAAACAUCACUGUGUUCAAUAAGAAUGAGCAGGAGAGUACACUGGGACAGAAGCACCCAGAGGAAAGGGACGAUGGCAUGGAGGUGGAAGAAGGAGAGAUGGGAGAUGAAGAAGCCCCCACUACCUUCAUAAAGAAGCAAGCAGCACUCAAAAUACAGAGUGGGCCAGAAAAAAGCUCUAUUCCCAUAGAUUACAACCUGUAUAGGAAGUUUUGGACUCUGCAAGAUUACUUCAGGAAUCCACUGCAGUGCUAUGAGAAAUAUUCCUGGCUGACGUUUCUUAAGUACUCUGAUGAAACGCUGUCUGUGUUUAAAAGCUAUAAGCUGGACGACAUGCAGGUUUCCAAAAAAAAGCUGGAGGAACUGAAAACUGCAGGAGGGGAAAAUGUGUACUUUGCUAAAUUCCUCACUAGUGAAAAGCUGAUGGAUCUACAGCUGAGCGACAGCAACUUCAGACGCCACAUACUUUUACAGUACCUGAUAUUGUUUCAGUAUAUGAAAGGACAGGUCAAGUUCAAAAGCUCAAGUUGCGUACUGACUGAUGAACAGUCUUUGUGGAUGGAAGAUACCACCAAACUGAUAUACCAGCUGCUUAAGGAGAUCCCUCCUGAUGGGGACAAAUUUGCAUCUGUGGUAGAGCACAUUUUAAACACUGAAGAGAACUGGAACACAUGGAAAAAUGAAGGAUGUCCAAGUUUUGUAAAAGAAAGGCCAGCAGAAACAAAACCAAUUCGACCUGCGAGAAAACGUCCAGCUCCUGAAGACUUCCUAGGGAAGGGUCCGGACAGGAAAAUUUUUAUGGGAAAUGAUGAACUGACCCGGCUCUGGAAUCUUAACUUGGACAACAUGGAAGCUUGCAAGUCUGAGAGCAGAGAGUUUAUGCCGUCAUUGGAGGAGUUUUUUGAAGACGCUAUUGAACAAGCUGAUCCAGUGAACAUGGUGGAAGAUGAGUACAAGGCAGUGAACAACUCAAACUAUGGUUGGAGAGCACUACGGCUGUUGGCACGUAGGAGCCCUCACUUUUUCCAACCAACUAACCAGCAGUUUAAGAGCUUACCUGAGUACCUGGAGAACAUGGUCAUCAAACUAGCCAAGGAAUUGCCACCUCCAUCUGAGGAGAUUAAAACCGGAGAAGAGGAUGAUGACAAUGAUGAUCCUUUGCUUAAAGAGAGCAAUGAAAGUCCAGAGGAGCAGCAGCAGAAGCCUGUGACUGGACAGCAGUUAGAUGCAAUUGCCAGCAAGCUAGGGGAGGAGUGGAAGUCUCUGGCACAUCAUCUGGAGAUGAAGGAAACAGACAUUCAUGAAAUUGAGUCAGACAGUGAGGAUGUGAAGAUGCGUGCCAAGCUUUUAUUAGUUGCCUGGCAGGAUCGAGAGGGAAGCCAUGCCAUAGUGGAACAUUUAGUUUCCGCUCUGAACAGUGCUGGUUUUGGUGAUCUUGCUGAUAGCUUAAGUGAGCUGUGAAAUGUCAAGGUGGAUUUUGUAAAGCAGCAGUCUUUUUUUUGUUUAUAUAGUUUCUGGAUUAUAAAGCAAUUAAUGUAACAAGUACAAGUGGUGACUUAUUUUGUUGUGAUAAAAAAUAAACUUUUUGUAACAA